UCAUUAUUUGAAAGUUUUUUCUGCUAAUAACGGAAGAUAUUAAUCAAUCAUGCACUAUUUGUGCAUGAUCACUUUGCUGAUUGCUUCUGCAACGGCAUUUACAAAUAAUUUAAAUCGUCUUUUGCUAGACUUUGAUCUGUCUCAGACGGAUUUGAGUGAAGUCGAUGAGAAAUGGAUUGAACAACCGCUUGAUCACUUUGAUUCAAAGGAAAAAAGAACAUUCAAAAUGAGGUACUUUGAAAAUCUACAGUUCUGGCAGCCGAAUGCACCAAUCAUCGUAUUCAUUGGAGGUGAAUCGGAACAAGAUCCGAGGUGGGUAUCAAACCAUGACAUAUUUUUGACAGUUAAAAUGGCGAAAGAAACGCAUGGUGCUCUGUUUGCUACAGAACAUAGAUAUUACGGUAAGAGUAAGCCAGAUAUUUCACAAGAUAAUACAAUUGAAUACUAUAAGUUUCUGAGCUCCCAUCAAGCGCUGGAAGAUUUGGCAAGUUUAAUAAAAAUGCUGAAAUCGAACUCUAAGUACAAGUCAUCGAAGGUGGUGGUGGUGGGCGGAUCAUAUUCGGGAAGUCUAGCGGCUUGGAUGAGGGAACUGCAUCCUGAGCUGGUGGACGCAGCCCUCUCCAGCAGUGCUCCUGUCCUUGCCAAAAAAGACUUCCAAGAAUACCUAGACACUGUGCGUUACACAUUUGGUAAAUACGGGUCUGAUGGCUGCCUGGAUAAAAUCAAAAAUUACUUUAAAGUAGAUGAAGAUUUAUUAAAAACUCCAGAAGGAAGAGAAGAACUGAAGAAAAAAUAUAAUAUAUGCCCAGAAGUCGAUAUGGCGGUAUUAGAAAAUCAACAAUUUUUCUUUUAUUGGUUUGAGUACACUAAUUUGAAGCUAAUUUCACAAUAUGGUUUGCCUCAAAAUGUUAAGGCCUGGUGCGGACAAAAGAGACAAUACCAGCUUGAAAUUAAGCCUAUUUGGCAGGGUGGCUGUAAUAAUCUUGACUUUAAAUCUUAUGAUUGGACUAAACAAAACUUCGCUGAGUGGAUAUAUCAAACUUGCACAGAAUUCGGCUAUGAGCAAACUACAUCGUCAGAGAAACAACCUUUUGUACACUGGAAUCCACUAGAGUUCUUGCUAAAGUUCUGUAAAGGUUUUGUUAAUGGAGAUAUUGAAAAGACAAUAGACGAAGGGGUAGCUAGGACAAACAAAAGAUACGGAGGGUUGACGCCAAAUGUAACCAAGGUAGUAUUCACUCAUGGUGACAUGGAUCCUUGGCACCCUCUUGGAGUGCUUCAAGACUUAGGACCUGAUGCUCCGGUAAUAAUGACAAACGGUACAUCACAUUGCGGGGUGCUGGGUGUUAAACGUGGUGAACCAGAAGAAAUGAAAAAAGAUCGAAAACACGUGACAGAGCUUAUCAUCAAAUGGAUUUCCCAAUAACCUGAGAUUUUCAUUAAAGUCGUCGUAACUAUGCA